GUCCGUGUCUCCCUGAUCUUUCUGAAAAUUUGCACAUCGGGCGCCACGAACGCCUUGUUCUUUUCGAGCAACUCCCCACUCGAAGGCUCGGAUCCGAAAUGUUGGACGCCGAAGGAUUACUUCCGGAGACUUGUGACGAACACCAUUGUGGGUUUCCUUGCUGCUUUCCUGGGCGACUGCGUUGUCUUCACCCUCUUUCUCCUCCAAGUUCGCAAGCCCAUUGAAAAGCGGCAGUGGUCGGAGAGGGCGAUUAGUCGGCAGAUCGCCACUUGGCGCUGCAAAGGCUUCUGCUUCUGGUUCAUUUGGCUAUUCUACUCGGGCACAUGCGUGUUCUACGUCAUGAUCUUCCUCGCCAAUGUACGGUUGGUGGAUGCACAUGACUGGUACCAGAGCACCGGUAUGAGCUUGCUGCAGGACUUGUUCGUGCUCCCUCUCACCACGGCUGUCGCUAUGGGCAGUUUGGCAACCUUGGCCCUCAGAAGCCGAGGUGUGAGGGCGAAGGUUGAAUCGAGGUGGUUUGAAGACGAUAACGUGCAGGAGGAGCCCCAGGAGGAACCUGAGCUGGAGCCAGGAGCAGUCAUCGUGGAUACCGGCGCUGUCCCUGUGAGCCCAGGGAGUCCAUCGCCCAACUCUGUGAAGGCCGACGGUCGACCUACAAAGGCGCCAGACUUCGACGACGUCUUGCCAGGGAUGCCCAUGGAGAGCUCAUGA